AUGGACAAUACUAAGACACAUACCUUGUACCAUGAUGGAAAACACUAUCUCCCGGCAAGUAAUCCGGAAUAUUCCAAAGAUUUGAUUUUCAACUUGAAUUCAACUUCACUGGCAAGCUUAGGGAAUGAUCAGGUUCUCAGCUUGGACGACAAUGGUGUCUUCGAGUCUUACGAUGAUCCAGAAAUGCUUCCUCUGUUCUACACAAAGGAUGUGCUGCUGUUUCUGGACCAUGACAUUGAUUUGGGUCAGAUUCAUGAUGGGAACGCCGAAAACGGUUCGAAAGAACUAAUCACUGAUUCGGGGCCUACCGACAAUCUACUUGGGUUUAACAAGACGGACUUUCUGCCUAAGAUUGAGUCCGACGAAGAAAAUCAAAAAAACAUUUCAUCCAAUGAAUUAAAUACCUCAUCUUUCAAAUCUUUUCGCAAUUUGGAUGCCAAUGCCGAUUUUUAUUAUGGCGACAUAGCAGAUGAGUACAAGAUUGAACCAAAUAACCAUGACGCUAGGGAAACUUUCGAUCAAAAACUGAAAUCUCAAAACUAUGUUGGCUCAUCUUCCCCAGGCACUGCUCUCAAAAGUUCCGACAAGGACAUUGCAUCCAGUGGCUAUUCGACGAACAUUUCUACCAAAUUGCUUAAUGGACACUCUGCCCCGAUCAAAAUCCACAACAGUUCCAUCGCAGAUGCUAAUCAGGUCUCGGAAAUUGCAAAUUUCACUAGCAAUAGUGAAUACACUAACUUUGAUCUCGACCCAAACUGGCAGUACUUCAACAGUAGCCCCAAAAAUUGCACGCUCGACGACGAAUGGAAGUUCCUGAUGGAUACACAGAAAACUCUUGUGGGAAGCAGCAAGUCUAUGGAAGCUCAGGAGAUGUUUUCCAAUACUAAUUUCGAAUUCGAUUUGGACCGCCAAAAUGACAGUCUCAAAAGCGACACUCCCGACGUAUCCCUUGAUAUUCAAAAUUUGUCAACACCAAAGAAAGAGAUAGAGAAAAAUGACUGUCUCAAUUUGGGAGAAGUAGAUCUCUUCCACAAGCUAAAUUCGAGCGUGAACGGUGAUUUUCACCCCGACUCAUUGUCGCUGCUCAACAACGGCACAUUUUUCGACAUGUCUCACAAAGAAGAGGCUCAAAUUGGAAGCACAUGGAGGCAAUUACGCAGUUUAGGGAAUGGCGCAGUUAAUGAACUGUCAAACGAUAGCUUCAGAAGUCGAUCUUCUAGUGGGUCAAAUAGCCCCAAUCGGCGCCGAAAGCAGCGCAUCGAACCCAAAGCCAUUCCUAAGCAUUUCCAACUACUUCCAUGCAGAGUAAAUAUUACCCUCAAAAAUUCGGAGGUGAAAUGCUUAGACGUAAACUUGGACUACCAUGGAUACGAGGGCAGGAUACUUGAGGUGGUUCUCAAUAAUGCCAUCACAAACUACUACCGCGAUGCCUCGUUCAAUCCUCAAAUAAUUCCUGAAGGAAUGAGAGGACGCAUCCACUUACCCUACGUUCUUGGUGAUGGCGAAAGACUCGAGGGAGACAGUUGGUGUGAGCAUCCAGACGGAAAGAGAACCGAAAUACACUGCCACAUGGGGGUUGUUGAAAGAAAGAUAUAUUUGCGAGAUAUCUCAGAGAUUUACAACCUGGUGACCCGGAUCAAGUACGAGAAAAACGACAAGUUUAGUAUCUACAACCCCUACGAGCCUCAAUAUACCAGGUACGAAACGAGCGACGAAAAGGGAGAAACAUACAAGAAUGAAACCAAGUGUGGAUUGUGCGCGUUUUGUAGGGAGGUGCGGUUCCUUCCGUUCAAAAACUCCAGCUACUUGUCGCAUAUGACUUUGGAGCAUGGGAUCUUCUCGGAUAAUUUUAUUGUCCCAGAGGGAGCCAAUUUCGGUAAGUAUGUUGUUUCAAAAGGCGAUGAUAAUGAGCCGGAAAAGUCAAAGGAGAUUGAGGGGCUUCAAUGUCCUGCUUGUUUCGAGAUUGUGGAAAUGAACUGCUGGAGCACGAAGAAAAAUCCAUUGUUGAAGUAUUUCCGGCACUACAAGAAAGAACACGUGAAAGACAACAAGAAGCGGAGUAACGUGCAAAGCAAAUUCAAUCCUUUGGACUUCAAGCGGGCUCGGGAUGGUCGAUGA